UUUCCACUUCCUCCUCAGUUGUCUCCUCUCUCUUUAGGUUACAGGUGAUGCACAGCUUUGGCAGCGGGACAGUUUCCAACAAGUAGACGUCUGAAUUAACUCAGCUUAUCCGUGGUCGGGUCGCGGGGGUAGCAGUUCCAGCAGAGAGCCCCAAACUUUCUUUUCCCUGCAUCAACCAGCUCUAUAAAUAAAUAACAUAUCAAGAAAUAUAGAAUUGUUUAUAUAAGCUAAAGUACAUACAGUGAUUUGUAAAAUAAUGAAAUCAAUGCCAACAUCUAGUAAUAUUUUAGGCAGAUUUAUUGAAAUGAAAAUCCUUUAUAUCGGCUCAGCCUCAGGCGUCGCUCAGUCAAACCUGUCCUUCUAGUUUCCCUGAUCCAUGCAAACACUGUGAGUUGUGAUCCUUACAUGCAACUGCUGUGAGGAAGUAUUCAAAUCCUCUUUUUGAAAAUGUCUCCUCUGUAUCGAGUCUCCGAUCAUUUGCAUUUCACCCGACAGAGAGUUUAGUUUCCGAGGACAAAGUGCAAGGCAGGAGACCAGCAGAGAGGUAGAGGAUGAAGUGUGUGUGUGUGUGUCUGCUCCUGGCUUCUGUCUCGCUGUUGUCGUCUUCAGGCCUGGUCCCCGGGGCGAGUCUCUGGGACGUGGUGUGGGGCUUCAGUGAGCUUCAGGCGGAUGAAAUCCUCCGAUCCUCCUCCUUCUUCCAGGAGCUGCGGGCUGGGAAUCUGACUCAGCGCUGCUAUACACACUUCCUCCAGCAGGAGGCGCUCUACCUGACCAGAGUCAGCAGCACACUGGAGGCUCUGAUUGGUCGGUUACAGGAAGCAGAUGAUACCAGAUCACUGCUGCAGGAAACACUCAAACACUACAGCAGCAGAAACCAG